AAGUCACCCGAACCACUCCCUCGUUCCCCUCCUCCCAUUCCUCCCACUCUCUUAUCCACACUACACAACACCAGAUGCCAGCGUUGGGCAGGCAGGGGCGGUGGCGAAGGCCUCCGACGGUCGGAGCAGGUCGCCGGGCAUGGGGAUGGUGAGCGGCAUGGCUAGGCUCCAGCGACCGCAUCCCCACCAUGGACGGCCGGCCCCGAACUCCUUCGACGCCGCAUCCUGUCCUUCGACGCCGCAUCCCUGCCAUGGACGGUCGGCCCCUCAAAUCCUCCGACGCCGCAUCCUUGCAGGUCAUCCAACGUUGCAUCCCCUGCCAUGGACGGCCGGCCCCAAACUCCUCCGCCUGGGACUUCGGGUAGGCGGGAUGGGCUCGAGGCCGCGGUUGUGGCCGGAGGAGAUCCGGUGGUGCCUCGGUGGUAGCGGCAGCGAGGGCGUGGCACUGGCUAUAUGGGGCACUCCAUGCGGGAUCCUUCCCGAGAGCGAGGGGCUGCUUAGGCUCUUCGGCUGGCCCCGCCGCUCAUGGAGCCGCCCGCCUCCGAGUCCUUGGUGGCACUCCCCCUGCAUCACUUUCGGCAGCGGCGGGGACGGCGGGGACGGCGGGUCGCUGCCUGCUGGCGGUGAUGUGGCGUACCUCGAUGACGGGCCGACGAGGACCCGAGCCGCCAUGCCAUUCAAGCCCUCUUCGGCUGCUCCGACCGCCUCGACCAAGCGGUCAUGGUCGCGGCGGCCGCCGACCAGGUGAUCGCGCUUGUCGUCUACAUCUAGCUCUUGAGCGUGGCCAUCAACUCGCUCUCAUGGUCACCAGCUAUCUGAACCAUCAAGCAGGAAAAAGGCCGGGCCCAGUUGGUGGGGGGAUGAUGGAGGUGUGUAGCGGCAGGGAGCGUCGCUGGCGUGCGAGAUUUGAUGCGCAUGAAGGGCUGCAGCUGGGAGCGGCAGCAGCGGCGACUGCCCCUCCGACUGAGCUAUUCAACGCCGCAGUGGGGGCCUACCUCGACGACGACGACGAACGGGCCAGUGCCAAGGGCAAGACCGACGUGCAGUACAUCAUCCUCGACAGGGUGAUGCAGCAGCCAUCAGCAGCAUCGUCAGGAGGGGCAUGCUGGAUGAGCUCAAGAAGACCCUGGUCAGGAGGAGCAUUCAGGUGUAAUGGGCUGCACCGAUUCAGAUGACCAUGAGAGGGAGGCAAAUUUAGUUUAUUGACCAUGACAAGUUUCAUUAAUUGACCAUGGCAAGUUUUAUUAACUGACCAUGGCAAAAUUUUAAGUUUUUUUCGACCAUGGCAAAUUUAGUUUGUUGACCAUGGCAAGUUUUAUUAAUCGGCCAUGGAAAAUUUCAAGUCCGACCAUGGCCAGUUUAGUAAUUGACCAUGGCGAAUUUAGUUUAUAGACCAUGGCAAGUUUUAUUAAUUGACCAUGGCAAGUUUUAAGUCCUUUUUCGACCAUGGAAAAUUUAGUAAUUGACCAUGGCAAAUUAUUUUUUGGUAGAUCAUGGCAAAUUUAUUAAUUGUUAAGAACAUCCACAUCUUCUGUCAUGCCCUUUUUGGCAAUUUUUUCUCCAUUUUUGCCAUGGCAAAAAUACUUCUAUUCACACGGCAAACUUUAGUGUAAGUUGCCAUGGAAAUUUUUAGUUUAAGUUGCCAUGGCAAAUUUAUUGUAAAGAGCAUGGCAACUUUUGUUUUAAAUAUGAUGGCAAAUUUACAUUUUCUAGAACAUGGCAAUUUUAACUACGUAGCACGGUAAAUAUAUUUGUAUAGCCAUGGCAUUUUUUAAAUUUAUUUCCAUGGCAAAAGUACUCCAUUUUUGCCAUGGAAAUAAUUUAUUUAUUUUUUCCAUGUCAAAAUAGUUUCUAUUUUCACAUGGCAAAUUUUUAGUUUUAGUUGCCAUUGCAAAUUUUAUUUUUAGUUGCCAUGACAAAUUUAUUGUAAGGACCAUGGCAAUUUUAAUUUAAAUAUUAUGGCAAAUUUACAUUUUAUAGAACAUGGUAAAUUUUACUAUGUAGCAUCUUAAAUAUAUUUGUGUAGCCAUUGCAUUUUUUAAUUUAUUUCCAUGUCAAAAGUACUGCAUUUUUGCCGUGGCAACAAUUAAACCAUUUUUGCCAUUGCAAAUUAUCUAGAUUUCUAUGUGAUAUUUACUGUAAAUUUAUUUUUUCAGUUUUUUAGUUGGUUUCAUUUUUUCGAUCGUUUUUUACCUAAAUGGGCCUAUUUGGCCUGCCAGCGCAAGUGACAUGAGGGUUUUACUCUUUUUUCCAUGACAAUUUUUACUUUUAAUGGCAUGACAAUUUUUACUUUCUUUGCCAUGGCAAUUUUUACUCUAUUUUUGGCAUAUUUUGUAGAAAAUGUUAAAGAUGGUAAAUUUGAGUAUAACAUAACAUACAUUUUUGUGCAGAACAUGGCAAAUUGUUGAACAACUUUUUAGUAGAUUUCCCAUACUUUUUUAGUGUACUAGACUCAUGAGCAUGUCAACUGUUUUCAUACCAUGGCAUUUUUUGCCGUGCAAACUAACAAUGUCUAUUUUGUCACAGCAAAAAUAAAGCUUUUUCGUUCUUGUGGGCUUUUUUUGUACAGAAAAAAGGCCAGUAGGGGCGAUGGGAAGGAGAGCGUUCGGGCUGCGAGGCCUCUCCUCCCAAACGAUUUCGUUCGUACCAGGCGCCUGUCGCACCGAACUCCUCGUUCGGGCUGGGAGGCCUCUCCUCCCAAACGAUUUCGUUCGUACCAGGCGCCUUUCGCACCGAACUCCUCGUUCGGUCUGGUAGCCUCCCAGACCGAACGUUCAAUCCUUAUCGACGUCCAAAAAAAAGAAGGAAAAAACUGUGCGCUCAUAGACGAUCUGUAUUACCUCUGGCGUUCCAUCGAGUCACUUGGCUGAUGAACCUGCCAGCGACGGAUCGGAGGGGCACGCUGUCCAACCCUGACCCGCGCUCUGCUCUCGGCAAUGGCAGAUUAGCAUGGCAUGGCAGCAGCGGAGGAGCUCGCGACCGCCGCAUUCAUGGCGUGUAGGUGUAGCUCGCCCACGUCAUUUACUCGGGUGGCCGGAAUUCACUCCGUCUCGCAACAGGGAACAUUCACGGUGACGUAGCCAUCAAUCAGUCGACCUCUGCAUCGACAGAGCCAUCAAUCAAUCGACCCAGCCGAACCUUCGCACGCAACGAAUUCGAAUUCGAGCAGCUAACAAGCGGGCGAUCAGCCAAUCGCCAGCAACUGCAUCUGCGCGUCCCAUCCCAUGUGGUGCGCAGACAGAGGACCACAGCAGGCGUUCUGAAAUUUUCUGAAGCAAAAUCAUUCAUGCCCGGCCCCAUGACCCAUAUCACCUCUGCUCCUCCAAUCCAAGGACCAAAAUCUUCCUCCAAAUGCACGAUUCGGA